CCUCCACACACACUCUCUCUCUGUUUUUUCAGGGCCGAGCCUGUGGCUGUAAUCAGAGGGAAGGAGACGGAGCUAUGCGGACACAUGUAAGAUGGCAGAGCUGCAAAUGUUGUUAGAGGAAGAGAUCCCGGCGGGUAAGCGAGCCCUUCUGGAGAGUUACCAGAACCUGACCAGGGUCGCGGACUACUGCGAGAACAACUAUGUUCAGGCCCAGGAUAAGAGGAAAGCCCUGGAAGAGACCAAAGCCUACACCACCCAGUCUCUGGCUAGCGUGGCCUACCAGAUCAAUGCCUUAGCCAACAACGUGCUGCAGCUGCUGGACAUCCAGGCGUCGCAGCUGCGCAGGAUGGAGUCGUCCAUUAACCACAUAUCACAGACGGUGGACAUUCACAAGGAGAAAGUGGCCAGGCGAGAGAUCGGUAUUCUGACCACAAAUAAAAACACAUCAAGGACCCAUAAGAUCAUCGCACCGGCCAACAUGGAGAGGCCAGUGAGGUACAUCAGGAAACCCAUUGACUACACCGUACUGGAUGACGUGGGCCAUGGAGUCAAGUGGCUAAAAGCCAAGCAACACGGGAACAAUCAACCAGUCAGAGGAGGAACGCUAUCGAGGACCAAUCCACCAACGCAGAAGCCACCCAGCCCACCCAUGGCGGGGCGUGGCACUCUGGGGCGUAACACUCCCUAUAAAACCCUUGAGCCAGUAAAGCCCCCCACCGUGCCCACCGAUUACAUGACAAGCCCUGCUCGCCUGGGUAGUCAACACAGCCCAGGACGCACCGCCUCACUGAACCAGAGACCCCGAACACACAGUGGUAGUAGUGGUGGUAGUGGGAGUCGUGAAAACAGCGGAGGCAGCAGUAUUGGCAUUCCCAUCGCCGUUCCUACCCCCUCCAUCCCUAACUCUGGACCAGUCCCACCCAUGUCUGCUCCUCCUCCACCUCCACCUCCACCAAUGUUUGGGGGCCCAGGGCCCUUCUUGUCAGGCACAGCCGUAGCGGUGGCUCCAGGCCCAGGGCUCGGUCCGGCCCCCAUGUCUCAGUUUGGGACAAUAUCAAGGCAGAUAUCCCGCCACAACUCCACCACCUCAUCUGUCUCCAUGGUUUCGGCUACAGGGACAUAUCGCCGCGCCCCGUCUGUUUCGUCCCAGUUCCCCCUGCAGCAGCCGCACGUUAAUGGUGCCGCUCCAGUGGUCUACACACAGAACUCAAUGUCUGUUGCCCCCCCGCCUCCCCCCAUGCCUCAGCUGAUUCCGCAGAUUCCCCUCACAGGCUUUGUGGCGAGGGUGCAGGAAAACAUUGCAGACACCCCAACUCCUCCUCCCCCACCACCCCCGGAUGACAUGCCCAUGUUCGACGACUCCCCGCCCCCUCCGCCUCCCCCACCAGUGGACUACGAGGAUGAAGAAGCAGCUGUGGUCCACUACAAUGACCCCUAUGCUGACGGAGACCCCCAGUGGGCUCCUAAGAACUACAUUGAGAAAGUGGUGGCCAUCUACGACUACACCAAGGAUAAAGAGGACGAGCUGUCCUUCAUGGAGGGCGCCAUCAUCUACAUCAUUAAGAAGAACGAUGACGGCUGGUUCGAAGGAGUAUCUAACGGGGUGACCGGCCUGUUUCCUGGCAACUACGUGGAGUCCGUUAUGCACUACGCUGACUGAAGGGACCACGCAUCGGUCAUAUUUCUCCAAAUAUAUAUCAGAAAACAGAAAUCUCAUCACUUAAUAAAGAAGUGCAUUAGGGUGUGAUUGUUCCUGACAAAUCGCAGAUUAAUGAUGAUAAAAGAAAAAUCUAUGGAGUUUUAUUUUGUUGUACGGGGGAGGGGGGGUCUCUGCGGGGGGGAGGUGUAAUUGUGAAAUGAGGUGAAAGGAGGGAUCGGUAACAUCUGAUGCGGUCGUUCUGUGUAUAUACAGCGAGCAGUAGCCUGUUGGAUGUUUGUAGUGUUUUUACAGUGAAUGUCAGUCAGUCAUGAACAGUAUCUCUUACAGUUGAUGAUGCCACACGAGAAACACGUAGAUGUAUAGUGUCCGGUUUGAAUACGAUCCGAACUAACCCCUUCACAAAACUGCUGAUGCAUUUUCGAUGCUGAAAACACGACAGACAUUGACAGUACAGAACCGUGCGUCAUUGCUAACUGAUUAUCUUUUCCUAAUCUUAAGGCAUCGAGUCUGAAAUGUACUUAAAUUUUGACGUGAAGCAUGCCUGCAAAUUUAAGAUAAUGUAUUGUAACCUCCACGUUUAAUUCCAUUUCGCUUCCAUUAUGCUUUAAUAUACAGUGAACACUUUCUUUUGUUUUUGUUUGAUUUUGCUCCUUUUUUUUAGGUGGGGGUCCAGAUACUUGAAGGUGUUUAUGGACAUUUUAUUGCCUCAUUUGUACUGAAACAUUCGAUAUAAUUUGAAAUAGCCCCUCCCUUUUUUUUUGCAUAUGAUAGAUUGCAUUUAUCAAAGACGCAAGUCCGAGCGUCUUUUCUCUCUGCGGUUUUAGGUGAUUUUUCUCUAAGCGUUUGGGAUGAUGAGCAGAAACAGACUACCUGUAGACAGCUGACACAUGUAGACUGUAAUGAUGAACCUUAAUCAGUAAUGGGUUUACAAUCCACAGCGCUGCGUAUUAUGAUCUACAUCCAAAAAGACAGAGAAAACAUGCAGUGCAAGUACACUGAAGAGAUCAGUACAUCGUUUCUCAUUACCUCCUUGUAUAGAAUGAGGAACUGGGUUUGUGAUCUGAUCUGAACUGCUCUGGUAUCAUAUCUCAGGUUUUCACCUUCUUAAUCAACAGCAUUUCCUGUUUAAUUGGAAGAAUUUCAUCCCCUUUUAUUCCACUGUACAUCAAGUCUUAACAAGUGUUGAUGCUUCAGUAUAGGGGAACAUUGUGAGGCUCUUAUUAAGCCUAAAAAAGAAAGUAGCUGCUAAUAAACUGGCUGCUUAUUGCUCGUGAUAUCUGGAGUGAAUUAAGUUGUUUUCACUUUUUUUGUUGUUUCUUCUGGUAUAAUUUUUUGCACACUGUUUAUUGAUUUGAAAACAUCCAGCUAGUGCUUUGAUGAGAUGCAGUCUGACAGGUUUGGUCUGGACUUAGUGAUGUUAAGCACAGUUCAUGCAGAUCAGGUGGUCAAAUGAGGCCUAAACUGCAGACGUUAGCACUUUUGCUUGUUCUCUUUGUCUUUAUUUAGAGCCAGUUGGUGAUUUAUUAUUGCAGUAUUGAUAAAAAUCAACAACUGAGCACAAUAUGGACACAAUCAGAGCUUAAGUAAGCCUUGUGCAUUAUAUUGUUACAUAUAGUACAGAAAUAAACAUGCUUAAUUCACUCAUCACUGCUUAAUGAAGUAGCAAUAAGCAGCCAGAUAAUUGGUUAUUAUUGGCUAGGUAAGGUUUCCUCCCUCUCACUCAUUCAUCCUCUAAGCCACUUCUCUUCCUGGGUCGCAGGGGGGGGCUUGAGCCUAUCCCAUCGCUUAUUGUACAUCCUAGACAGGCCACCAGUCCAUCACAGGCUGAUAUGGUUUAAUAGGGUUAUAAUAAUGGACACCUACAAAGAUUGGUGCACACAAAUCAGAAGUGCUCUGAAAACACUCCAUUCACACCAAUCAUUGUCUAAUGAAGUACAAAUAGGCAGGAAGGUUUUCAGACUUUUAAAUAAUUCUGUGUUGAGAUGUCAACAGUUAUUGGUUUGAUGUGAAAUUUCACAUUUUAGAGAAACCUACCCCCCUUCGUUUUGUUUAGUGGUGCUGAUAGGAAC